UUGUCUACCUAGCUGUCUUCUUCUCACUGUUGGAAUCGUGACUAGUCUUAGAUCAAUCACUUCUAAGGUUUAAGACGACAGAUUCUCGUAGGCAGGUCUUGUUCGGUCGCCAGCCGUGAUGUUUCCUAAGAAUUCGGUUGUAACGGAUUCAAGCGCGUGUGGAAUCUUCGGCGUCAUUACCUUCUCGUGCCUCAGUUUCUGGGGAGAGAUUGGCAAACGCGGCAUCCUCGACCAGAAACUCAUCCGAAAGCUUGUGCAUAUAAAUAUAGGGCUAGUGUUUCUGCUUUGCUGGCCGCUGUUCAGUUCUGGAAUCCAAGGAGCGCUUUUUGCAUCUCUUGUCACUGGACUCAAUAUAAUACGGAUGCUAUUGCUUGGCCUGGGAGUGUACCACGACGAAGGAACCAUAAAGUCAAUGACCAGACAUGGAGAUCGCAGGAGGCGUCUUGGAACAGAGAGGCUUCCUUACAACAGAAACAAAUCAUUUGCUGGUAGCAUUGGAAUGGCCACCGCCGGGUUCUUAGCUUCUGUUGGGUAUAUGUACUACUUUGCUUCAUUUGGUUACAUCGAGGCUAGCGGGGGAAUGAUUCUUCGGUUUGCCGUCAUCUCUAUAGCAUCAGCUCUUGUGGAAUCACUCCCCAUAAGCACUGACAUUGACGACAAUCUCACCGUCUCCUUAACCUCUGCAUUGGUCGGUUUUCUACUCUUUUAAUAGUGCACCUCUCUUUGUUUUGUGUCAUCAAAUAAAAUAUAAGGGUCGAGCUUGUUUGCCCUGUGGUGUGGAGCUAGGUAAAACUGCAUUCAGAAUCACCAUCUACUUGUAUAUUAGUGUAAAAUCUCAUACUGUUGUUGUCCAUGGAUGUUAAUUUUCAGCUGAAACUGCAGCUAGGUACAAUGUUUUAAUGUUCUAUCCAUUUAGUGAGAAAUAUGACGACUUAACAGAC